CCUCCUCCUCCUCCUCCUCCCCCCUCCCCAAAAGAACACAGCGCGCCUCACGUUGCAUGGCUCCCCGGUUACUGGUAACACAUUUUAGCUGCUGGGAUCCGUCCCAGUGAGAUGGAAGUAGCGGGGAAAAGGCGCUGGGAAUCCGGAGAGGCAACCAUGAGCGACGGAAAACAACAAACAGCGCAGCAGGGCGGACAAACAGAAAGCUGAGCCCACCCCUUCGCUGGGAAACGCGACAUCCAGCAGGCAGAAAGGUUUUCUCCUCCUCUCCUCCACCUCACUAACCUGCUGUUUUGGGGAAACCCCUGAUGAGUGGGACCUGUAUCCAUGAGCCCCGUGCCCCUUCCCCUUCCCUGUCAGGCUUCAGCACCCCCAUCUCAGAACCUCCCUAUCGACGACUCGAUGGAGACACCCCUGCCUGUACCCCAGAAACGGACCUGACCCCAACGCAGUGUGUACUUCGUAACGUACUGUCCAUUGAACCCAGCGUACCAGUGGGCCAAGGAGGAAGCAGCCCCAGCCCCAGCGAUGGGCCGUCGGGCCACUUUGACAACAGCGUGCUAAAACUACACGAACAUGAGGCCUGCCAGUGCGGUGGCGGGGCCGAGGCAGGACACAGUCCAGAGGCUGGUGCUGUUCGGAGACCAUCGGAGAGCAUUAGACUUCAGUCGGGGAGCGGUGGUUUUUUGGAGGGACUGUUUGGCUGCCUGAAACCAGUCUGGACCAUGAUUGGAAAGGCCUACUCUACUGAACACAAGCACAACCAUGAAGAGUCCUGGGAGAUUCCCUUUGAAGAAAUCUCGGACCUGCAGUGGGUGGGCAGUGGGGCGCAGGGCGCCGUCUUCCUCGGAAGGUUGCACGGAGAUGAGGUAGCUGUGAAGAAAGUGCGGGACAUCAAAGAGACGGAGAUCAAACACCUUAGAAAACUCAAACACCCAAACAUCAUCACAUUCAAGGGAGUUUGCACUCAGGCUCCUUGUUACUGCAUCUUGAUGGAGUAUUGUGCCCAAGGCCAGCUGUAUGAGGUUCUUAGGGUGGGUCGUAAGAUCACACCCUCCCUCCUGGUAGACUGGUCCAUGGGUAUCGCAGGUGGCAUGAACUACCUCCACCUCCACAAAAUCAUCCACCGAGACCUCAAGUCUCCCAACAUGCUGAUCACACAUGAUGACAUGGUGAAGAUUUCUGAUUUUGGCACCUCAAAGGAACUCAGUGACAAGAGCACUAAGAUGUCAUUUGCUGGGACCGUCGCCUGGAUGGCUCCUGAAGUCAUUCGGAACGAGCCGGUGUCAGAAAAAGUGGACAUCUGGUCCUUCGGAGUGGUGCUGUGGGAGAUGCUGACUGGGGAGAUUCCUUACAAAGAUGUUGACUCGUCUGCCAUCAUCUGGGGAGUGGGAAACAAUAGCCUGCAGCUGCCGGUACCUGAAAGCUGCCCGGACGGCUUCAAAGUCCUCCUCAGACAGUGCUGGAACUGUAAACCUAGAAAUAGGCCCUCUUUCCGUCAGAUCCUUCUUCAUCUGGAUAUAGCAUCAGCUGAUGUUCUAUCCACCCCACAAGAAACAUACUUUAAAUCCCAGGCUGAAUGGAGAGAGGAGGUGAAGCAGCACUUUGAGAAGAUUAAAUCUGAGGGCACUUGUCUGCACCGACUUGACGAGGAACUGAUCAACCGACGCAGAGAGGAGCUCAGGCAUGCUCUGGACAUUCGUGAGCACUACGAGAGGAAACUGGAGAGAGCUAAUAACCUUUACAUGGAGCUCAGUGCAGUGAUGCUGCAGCUGGAGCUCAAAGAGAAAGAGCUACAGAGGAGGGAGCAGUCUUUGGAUAAAAAGUAUCCAGGCUUGUUCAAGCACCACAGCUCCAGACAGGGCAGCUCCUCCAACUCCAUGGACAAACUUAUCAAGAAGAGAAACGUUCCUCAGAAGCUGCCCCCGGGAAAGAGGCCAGACAUCCUAAAGUCUGAGGUAAUCAUUCCCAAAAUAGAUUCCUCCGUGAUGCAAGUCACCAUCCCAGCCUGCUCCAACAGGAACUCCACUUCUCCCAGCCGGUCUCGGAGACUAAAGACCCGCCACCGCAAGCCCGGAAAGGGCAGCAGCGGGGAUCUGGCUGGACUCAAGGCGAACCAAGCCUCUCCUAACACAGAUCCGAGUGCCCAGGCUAACAGCUCAAGCACUAACACCUCCAAGCAGCUUCUGGAGCCGUCUGCAGCCCUGCGGGGUCUUGGUCAUGAGCAGCAGCAGAGGCAGCUGUCCUCCUCUAGCCCUGACCUCAUCUGCACCACGUUGGAGGCCGGGGGUCAGGGGAAAGGGGAGCCCUCUGCUAGCAGGCUGGAGAGAGGGGGAAGCCUCAGUGCCUCUGCUGGUUUAGGGGGGUCAGAGGGAGGAGCCACUGGUCUGGAUGACCUCACAGAAACUCCUCCACGCAGUGACACUCCCAGCGAGGAUGCAGCAUCGUUCCCUUUUUCCAGCAGCCCAGACUCGCCAUGUGGGAGGGGAGCAGCAGCAGGAAGAGGAUCCAUUGGAUCUCCUCGUCUUUCUAAUGAUGGGGAGGACAAAGAGGACGGAGCUGGUGUUUUGAGGAUACCUCGGGGGUCCUCAGGAGGGGUCGGGACUCAGCAUCUGACACCUUCAGCUAUUUUGUAUCGGGCAGCUAUCACACGCAAACAGAGGCGUGGAGUGUCAUCAGAAGAAGAAGAGGGGGAAGUUGACAGUGAGGUUGAGUUGCCACGGAGACGGCGUCCGACCAGCAUAACCAAGUGCCAGUCGGUAUCUACCUUCAGUUCAGAGAACCUGUCUGUAUCCGAUGGUGAGGAGGGUCACACCACUGACCACUCCCAUAGCGGCACCCCCGAUGUGGUCAGCACCAACACAGAUGACAGGCUGGACGACCGCAGCGAUGACCUCCUCUCUCAGGGAUCGGAGAUCCCGGUGGACAACACCGAUCCUGCGCAGGUUUCUGACGGCCUGUCAGAGAGGGACGGAGCUGUGGGGCAGAGCAAAGCUCCGCUGGACGCCGGGCAGAAUCCUAAUGAGAACCGGGCCUUGUGUGAUGAUUCUGACUGCGACAGCGCCGAGCUGGAUCAGUCUGGCAGCGGCGAGCCCAGCCGUCCCCCCAGCGCCGGAGCGUGGGUGUCGCCAUCUCAACCCUAUCAGGGGUGUCCACAGACGCCCCACACGGGACCUCCAUAGACUCCUGGACAAAAGCCAAGAUCUCCAGCCACCACCACAGAUGUUCGCCAAUCUGUCAGUGCAGUACAUUACUGUUGUCAUGAGGGAUCACACCCAACGCCACGCUCAGACAAGUUGACUUUUGGUGCCUCCUAAGUUUGUUGUUGGGCAAGUGACACAGGACAUUUGUCAUAACCUGACAUUAAAUAUUUUGGCAACUUGUGACAUCAGAUAUGUGUCAUUUAAGUUCAGUAGGGGUGUCUUAGGUAUAAUAGUUACCACUGUAACCUUAGCUACAACGCCAGUUCAGCAAAAACCCUCCAUCAGACGCACACGCACGCACAAGAAGAUACUUCACUCCUUUAAACACUUUAACCUUCACUCUGGGAGCAUCCUCCAUCAUCACACUAAUGCAUCAAAUACUAAUGAAAAAUAAUGUAAAUAGUCAUUAUGUGCCACAUGAGAAAUAUUUAACUUUAUUUUAUUUGUAAGAUAAAAUAUAAGACUUAACUGUAUGCAGCCCUGUACACAAAUGCAUGACUACAUGUUUAUUAUUUACGGCUCCGAUGUCUUUGUUUUCUAUUCCGUGGAAGUUUACACUUUUUAAUCCUAAAAUUCUUCAUCUAUUUGUUUAUCUUUUUGUUAAUAUAUGUCAUCACUCAAGGAAAAGAGAAAAAUAUCACCAAUGCAAAAACAG